CAGAUUUGAGUGUCGCUACUGCAGUCAUAUGUAUGUCUGCAGUAUAUUGUCUACAGCCAACCUGAUUUGUACCCCUUUUUCCUACCAAAGAGAUGCUGUGGAUAAAAAAAAAAGCUGAAGAAACUCCUUGUGUGAGUGUGUCCUUCCACAUCCGUAACACUGGUGCCGUGACUCCCUCGGAUUCUUUGAUCAGCUCGACGCAGAUCGACCGUGGUUGCUGUGUGUGUUUCAAGUUUAUCGGUGGACCAAGUCUUCAAUAAAGUGAGCAGGUCAAGUUCGUCAGUGGAUCAAGUCUUCGAUACUACGGAUGAGGAGAGUAUAUACAAACUUACACAACAUGAUUGAGACUGCAUUCGUUUUUCACAUAUACACAACGCAUGGACAUAUAAAACAUAGUUUUGACUAUCGUCACGUUCAAGAUUGAAUUUUAUCUAGUGAGAUAACUCAUAAUUGAUAUUGAUUAAUUUUUUGUUUUUGGUUCUUUUACUAUUUUCAUGCUAAUUUUUGUGAUCGCAUAAUGGCUGAAAAACACGAGUGUGAUGGUGACUUUGAUGUAACAAGUUAUGGUAACAUGGGUAGUUAAUGUAAAUGCUGAGUGCCAAACCAAUUCACCCAGUUACACUCAGAGGCCAGCACACACAGAACAGUGUACACAUACAUUGACCCCACAAGUAACAGUGCACAUGAAGUCAGAGCAUGACACAUUUAGGGGUGAUGGCUCUGAUAAGUAUGGGAUUGAAGAGUCUGUACACAGGACAAAAGCUUGCUUAAGAAAACAAAUGUGCCCUAUUCAAGAACAAGCUGAGGAGAUAAUGAGUAGACUUGCUGGAAAGGCAAAGGACGUUGUUAAAGUCAGCCUGCGCAGUGAUGCUAUGCUCAACGUCAGACAGAACCCUGAGUUCAUUUAUGGAAUCCUCAUGCAGUACUUCAGUGAAGCGCCCUCCUGCCUACCACGCGCAGACUUUUAUGCCACUCUCCCCAGAGCUAAAGAGAAUCCUGUGGACUACUGGAUCCGACUGAACAAAGCAGCUGACCUAGCAGAUGAGGGACUGCGAAGACAAGGCAAACGUUUGGACAACAUAGGAGAGGAGGUAACAAGGAUGUUUAUUAAAUUCUGUCCUGACCCCAGUUUAGCAAGCAUAUUCAGAUGCAAGCCUAUUCAAGAAUGGAGUGCGAAAGAAAUACAGAGCAGAAUUGAUGAUUACCAGAGGGAAUUCAGGAGCCAGGGAAAUGCCAGUGUGAACUUACGGAGUCACCCAACUACAGUGUUUAGCAGCGAACAUGAUCUGAAUGAUCGCCCCAAGACAGGGUUGCCAGCUGUUCCGAUCCAAUCAUUCUGCACUUUACCCAAUGCUCAAGUAUGCCGUCAGCCAGAGCUUACAUCAGUGCCCAGUCAGGUACAGCAUCAGCAUUCCUCCUGCUCAUCUGCAGCCCCAGUGAUGUCUCAAAACACACAACAGGCUGACAGUCAGUUGCUCACUCGUAUGAUGGAGAUGAUGGAGCAGCUCAUGGACAGGGUGCAAUUGCGUGAUGUUUCCAGUCUCACACGUGAAUCUAGACAGCAACGCAACUUUGUCAGAAGUGCCUGUCGGAUCUGUAACGACAACAAACAUACCACGGUGACACAUUGCAUGACUGACAGACUGUGCUUUGCAUGCUUCUCCCCAGGGCACACAAAAAAGGAAUGUCCUAAACAGCCCUCUGCCCAGUCACAACAUGAGGGAAACUAG